GUAACGAAGUGCUCUUCCAUUCGUUCUCUUUUCCACCACAACAGUUAGCGAGUGUAGAAGAAACGAAUAUGUCUGUAAACGGUGUUGUAACGAACGGGCCCAAAGCCAAUCAUUAUAAGGAAUUAAAUGAUCAUUAUGCAGAAGAAUGCAGUCAGGAUGAUAUCGGGACAUUUCUGUUUACAUCCGAGUCGGUGGGAGAGGGUCAUCCUGGUAAAUUUAAAUUAUUUUUGUACCGCCUAUACUAAAUAUGGAAUAAUUUAUGCGGCGAAAGAAAAUGGGGGGGGGCCAUACUAAAAUACUAAUACUACCGUAAUAAUAAUAGUAAUAGUAAUAGUCCUCGGUCUAAGUGCCCGCACUAUCAAUUGAAAUGGAGGCCUAAUUUGAAGUGGGUCUAUCACUAUGCUAACAUACAUAAUCAUAAUGAAAGCCUGCUUAAUGUCAAUAGAUUAUUUUGGAACAAACUUACAGCACGCUAGCCUUUGUCUCAUUUUUAUAUGGCAUGAUAAACCAUAAAUAUUUAAAUUAGAGAACCUUCACUACACAUUUUUCUUCGCGGGAAGUUCGGAUUAGUUGGCCUACUUUAUCGACCUAGUCACAAAUGUGUAGCCUACUGUAACAGACCUGUUUACUCUUACGAUUUUGGCGUACAAUGUACGAUUUUAAGAUGUAUACAUUAUAUAUACUGUAUGUUUAUUUUUUCUAUUUAGAUAAUGUACUGAACGAUUUUGCGAUGAUAUUGUACGAUUUUAAGAGUUUACGGGUAAACAGGUCUGCCUGUAAGUAAAAGUAGUAGGCGUAGGUGAACAACCCUGUGAUGUUAAACUUAAAAAGUAAAGUGGUUUUUUAAAACUCCUUUAUUAUUUGGCUAAUAUUAGUGUAAUUUUAUACUAUUCAGUAUUCACUAAUCAAACUAAUGAAGGCAAACCAAAGGCAAGGUCUGUCAUCUAUUUCAGUCUCUAUGUUUAGUUUUAAGUUUAAACAAUUAUCACUUAGCCCAGGCAAUGCCCUAGGGCAGUAUUGAAAGUAGUCUAACUAAAUGACUAGAUUAGAUAUGCCACAUGGGAAUUUAAAUUGUGCACAGAGGACAAUUAUUAGGCCUAAAUAAACUGUCCACUUCCUGACACUGUCAUUAGUCUUGACAUUGACACUAUUCCACAAAAUUAAUAUUUCAAUAUUAAAAUAUUAUUUCAGAUAAAAUUUGUGACCAGAUUAGUGAUGCUAUACUUGAUGCACAUCUGAGGCAGGAUCCCAAUGCUAAGGUUGCAUGUGAAACUGUAACAAAAACGGGCAUGGUUUUAGUUGCUGGGGAGAUUUCUUCAAAAGCUAAUGUAGACUAUCAAAAAAUUAUCAGAGAAACUGUCAAACAAAUCGGAUAUGAUGAUUCUUCAAAAGGUAUGUCAUUUUCUCUUUAUAAUUUAUAUUUAUAAGGUCCUAUUAAUAAUUAAUUUAGAUCUUUUUCAAUAGUCUUUUAUUUUGAGAUUGAAGCUGGAUAAAAUUAAAAUUGAAAUGCAACAAUUAUAAUGCUAUUUUAAUGAAAAAUAAUCACAAAUGUUAACCUUAAAAGUAUUUUAAAAAUUCCAAUUUAUAAUUAUGCCGCCUCCUUCCAUUACCAUCCCCUGAAUCCACUACUGAGUCUACUGCAUAUAUAGUCUAUAUAAUAUAUUAAAGGUUGUUUUUGUAUAACAAUCUUUUAAAAAAUCAUUGAUUUUCCUCAUACUCAAACCCAAUAAAGUUUUUAUUUUUAACUUCACUUUAUAUCACCCAGUAACAGGUUACCUGAAGAUCAUGUAGGCCAACUAAAAUGUUCAAUAUGCUGUGUGCAAAUUAUGUAGGCCCUAAUCAUAAGCUGGAUUACAUGAUCUGUUGGUAUUUUAUAUUUAAAAUCAGAUCCUGUUCUUAUUUUACUGUAGGCCAUUUUAUUGGAGAAACAAAAAAGUCAGUUUGAUUUGAUUGAUAGCCUAGUUAUAUUUCUGAGGUUCAUUCUAAUUCUGCCAUAUUAUAAGUUAAUAGGAGGUGCUGAAAGAAGCAUUUUCCAUGAACUGUACAUAAUUCAUAUUUCAUAAUUCCAGUUAGGCCUUCAAGGUUUACAUUUUACAGAGAUGAAAUAUUUCAAUGCUGAUACUGAUACUAGUGAUACAGUAUCUGUAUCCUUCCUUAUCCAUCCUGACAGACAUUAUUACCAUACCUUCCAUCUUUGUUUGUUACUGGAUAUUAGUCUGAUACUAAUUUUUCAUUUCAACAUUUCUUUAUACAAAAAAAAAAAGGGGGGGGGGAACGUUCAAAAUUAAGAUUGGAACUGAAAUUUGUUCAACUGAGUUUUUUUUAACCCUAUAAUAACUGUCAAGUGCUCUGUCACACUCUGUGGCAUCAAACCAUUUAUAGGAUUUCUAUCUGCUUGUCUAAAAUAACAAAAUUCCUUUAAAAAAUGGCUUUUUAAAUGUUAAGGCUCAGGGAAUGAGCAAUGAAUUGGUAAACGUAAUAUAUAUAAAUAUUAUAAUGUUGCACACACAAGUUUUAGUGAAGCAUCCUUUAGUCCUUGGUUGGCCAUCAUGACCCCCUUAUGUGUGUUUUGGUUGAUAUCUCAAUUGGGUAUUAAUCUAAUUAUUUAAAAGCUUAUUUGUCUGGUUACGAAUAUUAUUAUUAUGCCCAACCUCAUAGGUAUGAUGGUGAGAUAUACAUAAGGGAUUUUUAAAAAACAUACAUUUUGAAUUUUAAAAAUCACAAUUGAAUUUAUUACUGGAUUUAUGUUGGAUGUUCCUAUUGAUAUUGAAUAUUGAUAUAAUUUCAUUUGGAAAAUAUGCUUUGCAAAACAGUUAAAAUCAGUUAUAAAAAAAAUGAGUCUUAACAUUGAAGAUUUGCUGCCCUCCAGGUGCAGUUUAGUUUUUUUUUCUCCACUUAAUGGCAUCCAUAUUGGUCAGCCAUGUCACCAUUAUUUGUUGCAAUUUUUUUUUUCAAGAUGUUAACAUUAAAUUUUAAUUUUAGGCUUUGACUACAAAACUUGUAACGUUUUAAUUGCCUUGGAGGAACAGAGUCCUGAUAUUGCUCAGGGUGUUCAUGUUGGGAAAGAUGAUUCAAAUAUCGGUGCAGGUGAUCAAGGACUUAUGUUUGGAUAUGCUACUGAUGAAACUGAAGAAUGCAUGCCCCUGACAGUUGUACUUUCACAUCAGCUCAAUGCAAAAAUAGCUGAACUGAGACGCAAUGGAGGCUUACCUUGGGCUAGACCAGACACCAAGACUCAAGUAAAUGUUUUUGGUUUUUUUGGGAUGGGGGGGGGGGAUUGUGUCCCUGCUUUUUCUACAUUUAUGUCCAUGAAUUUUAACUUUUCAGCCUACAAAUUAUUAAUGAAAGAGAAAUGCAAGUUGGCAUUUGAUAGUAAAUAAAUUUAUUUAAAACUUCUGGUUCAUCUCUGACACAUAAAAUGAAAUUGUUUUAAGGAAACACAUAUACCCAAUUAUCUGAAUUACCAUACAUAUAGAGCAGUUAAACAAUUAAAGACAAUUGGAUUUUACAUUAAAAUGUGGUAAUACAUCUUAUCCAGGUGACUGUUGAAUACAGAUAUGUUAAGGGUGCAGCAGUACCACAGAGAGUGCACACUGUUGUAAUUUCUGUUCAGCAUGAUGAAAAUGUUUCUCUGGAACAGUUAAGAAAAGAGCUUCGUGAAAAAGUUAUUGAUGUGGUUAUUCCAUCGCACUACCUUGAUGAUAGAACAGUAUAUCACUUGCAACCAUCUGGCAAAUUUAUAAUUGGAGGUCCUCAGGUUGGUUUAUUUGUAUUGACAUGAACUCGGCAUCAAAUUCUUAGUCCUUGAAUGCCUUUAUCUUUAAUUUGUUACACAUUUUUCUUAACACAGAAUCUAUUAAAUAGAAGAGGCUGUUAAAAUAUAGUUUCAAAUUUUCUUCCCCAGGGUGAUGCUGGUCUCACAGGACGUAAAAUUAUUGUGGACACAUAUGGUGGCUGGGGUGCUCAUGGUGGUGGUGCUUUCUCUGGCAAAGACUUCUCAAAAGUUGAUAGAUCUGCAGCAUAUGCCAGCCGCUGGGUAGCCAAAUCUCUUGUAAAAGCAGGACUUUGCAAACGUGUUCUUGUCCAGGUAAGAUAUUCAUGAUCAAUUUUUAUAUUCAACUUUUUUACAAUUGAAGUUGUAACCAUUGAUUAAUUUGUUACUUUUAAAUUUAUUCACUUUUAAUUAUAGACUUUUUAAAUUGUCUCACAGGUCUCAUAUGCCAUCGGUAUUGCUGAGCCAUUGUCAAUCACUGUAUUUAGCUAUGGUACCUCAGCAAAGUCAGAAAGAGAAUUGCUGGAGAUUGUUAAGAAGAACUUUGAUCUGAGGCCAGGUGUCAUUGUAAAGUAAGUUUGGUCCUUAAAAAAAAUACAUUAUCUUUUUCUAAUUGUAAUUUUAGCUUAUGAUGCUAUUGGAGGAGACAUUAACAUAAUUUUUAAAACAUUUUUAACAAACUUAUUUAAACAAAUAUUUUGUUUGUUUUCCAGGGAACUAAACUUGCGCCAGCCUAUCUAUCAAAACACCGCAUGUUAUGGACACUUUGGUAGGAAUGAAUUCUCAUGGGAACACCCUAAAGAGCUUAAAUUUUAACAUCUUUUAGGAUUUCUUAGAUGAUGUUACAUAAUAUUAAUGCCUCAUGUUGUGGGUUUGAUUUUUCUUAACGUGACUUAGACUGCUAAAAAUGGACUUGAAACAUUAUUUUAUUGUAUUUUUAAUUUUAGGGUAUAAUUUUAGCAGGUAAUUUUUUUAAGCUUUGUAUUCUUGAAUUAUUUAUAUUUCUAUCAUUGAUUAAAUACACAUAACAGUAUCAAUGUAGCAACUGAAAGUUGCAAGAUUUAUUGAAUGAAGAAAGUGACAUUAUAUGCAUCCAUUUCAAAACAAUUCACAAUUGGAUUUUAUAUUUUAUGACACCUUAAUUUGUUUUACCUGCUACUAAACCAUCAUUUGUUCUGUGUUAAAAAAAAUUGUUUUAGUACUAUUACAUUUAGCACACCAAGAAAAUUAGAUGCACAUUGAUGCAUUUUUCUAAGAUUUACCAGGAGACAAAUGAAAAAGACCAUUCCUUUUUCUUUUUUUGCAAUCACAAGUUACCUGUCCAUAAUUUCAUUUCUAAAUGCAUAAUUGUUACUGUCCAUCACUUGUUUGGUUAUCACUUUGUAUCGAGCAUUUGAAUUAUGUAGACCAGACUUGGGAUAUCGGGGCUUUUUGGCCCUGUAGGCCACAGUAAUUAGAAGGAUAGGCUGACGUGGACGACAUACCUUUAAAAAAAAACAAAAUACCAUAAAUUUGUGUUGUUUAGGGUUACAGCACAUUUUUUCAAUAUCUGCGGUAUAUGCUGUCAAUAUCACUGUUGAUGGCAUUGAUUUUUUUAUAUUUUUUUUAUAUCCUGGUACUGUUGUCUGCCUUGGCUUUGUUGCUGCCCUCUAGUUAUUGCAAAUGUGCAUAUUAUUUUUUUAUUUCCCUCUUGACCCUAGUACAUUUGUCUUGUGUUUAUGAAAAUUCAUGGAAAAGAGCACUAUUUAUAAACACUCGGGCCUACAUCGCAAUGACUCAACUACAUUUUUUAAAGUGGUUUUUUAAAUAUUUUUUUCCCCAGAUGUUACUUAUACUUUUGUGUGCAUUGUUCUCAAAUUUUAAUGAAUAUUCAUGCCUAUUUUUUAAUGUAGUUAACAUGAUUAUUUUUACACUGAGUAUGAAUCUGCAUUGGGUAUAUACAAAGUGAUGGUUAUUGCUCCACUGAGGAUUUGGAGGCACUGGGUGCACAUAUUUGGUGAUGAUUAGCAAUGCAGCACAAAGGUACUGUUUACAUUUCAAUUCCAUUGUAAGAAUCAUCAGUUACAUUCUAAUUUGUGUAUUUUUAACAUGGUAUAUAUUCACUUUAACUAGCCAGUUUGGAUGAGAGGAUGUGGUUGACAGUAAGAGAAUAAAUGAUGUAUGAACAUGCCAGGUUUUUCAAAUAAAAUAUAAGAUAUUAAUAUGUAGAAGACCUUUAUUGUUGUUUUACAUUUUGUUUUCAUUUGUAGUCAAAAGUAGCCAGAAUGCAUGUAUGUUUAAAGGCUUAAAGUUAAAUAAAAGUCUA